AUGGGUAAGAUCCCUCUUUCCGUGAGGUCGACCAAGCUGCCCGUUCCCCUCCUUAAGCUCCCUCCCGCUUCCACCACCGUGCAGGUGUCGGAAACAGAGCCCCUUCGAGCUCUUGGUUCUGUACCCCGGCACUUUCGGGGGGCCCAUGACAGCCGUUCUUCUCCCUCGUCCUUCAAGAGGAAGAAGACGGCCAGUGCUGUCCCUCCUCUGCUGAUGGCGCCUCAGUCUGUUUUCCAAUCUCGCCGCCUCUCGGAUGCCAAGAGGGAUUUCGACUCCCUCCUCCUCUCCUCCCGCCGGUCGAGUGUCUCCUCUCCCGUCCGCCUGGAUUGUAACUCCCUCCUGCAGGCCUUCUGCAACGCGGGGGCCACAUCAGAGGAUGCCAUUGCCUUCCUCCACCACAUGUCACUUCGUGCCCCUUCCUUCUCCCCCGAUCGCUCCUCUUAUCACAUCGUCCUCGUCCAUUCGUGUCUCCAGCCCUGCCCCGGCGACAUCUCCGGCGCCCUCCGUGCCCUCGGCCUCAUGGUCGAGAAUAACCUCCCCCCCACGCCGGCCACUGCGGACCUCGCCGUCCGUUCUCUCUGCUCCGCUCGCCGUGAGGACGAUGCCUGCGAAUUCAUCCGGGUCCUCUCCCUUCGGCACUCCGCACCGCCUGACGCCUUUACCUACAACUUCUUCGUGCGACAACUGUGCAAAACCCGAAGCCUGAGCACCGUCUACGACUUCAUCAGCGGUCUCCACUCCGCAGUUGGCGUCAAGCCUGACCUCGUCACCUACACGAUCCUUAUCGACGCCGUCUGCAGAGGGAAGAAUCUGCGAGAGGCGACGCGGUUACUCGGGGUGCUCGCAGACUCUGGCUUCAAGCCCGAUUGCUAUCUCUACAACACCAUCAUGAAGGGCUACUGCACCCUUGACCGGGGGAACGAGGUCAUCGCGGUCUACAACAAGAUGAGGGAAGAAGGGGUCGAGCCCGACCUGGUAACCUAUAAUACCCUGGUUUACGGGCUGUCAAAGUCCGGAAGGAUGGAUCAGGCGCUGAAGUUCUUGAAUAUAAUGACGGAGAGGGGGCAAUUCCCAAACACCGUCACAUACACGGCGCUGAUGAAUGGGAUGUUCAGGAAGGGCAGGGCCUUGGAUGCAUUAAAGCUUCUGGAGGAGAUGAACGCAAGGGGAUGCACUCCAAACGAGUGCACUUACAACACCCUGCUCAUGGGAUUGUGCAGGGCCAAAGUCCUCGACAAGGGGAUGGAGCUGUACGGACUGAUGACUGCCUCCGGGAUGAAGCUGGAGUCGGGAGCAUAUUCUGCACUGGUGCGGGCCCUGUGUCGGGAGAACAAGGUCUCGGAAGCUUACUCAGUGUUUGAUUAUGCCCUGGAGAGCAAGAGCCUGCCCGACGUUGCAGCGUACUUGCCAUUGGAGAGCUCACUAAAGUUGCUAAAGAAAAUCAAAGCAUAG